AUGGACUGGCCGCACAGCCUGGUGCUCCUGUGUGCCACCUCCGUCCUCCUGGGGCUGGGCCAGCCCAGGAGCCCCAAAGGCAAGAGGAAGGGGCAAGGCCGCCCCGGCGCCCAGGACCCUGGGCCCCAGCAGGUGCCGCUGGACCUGGUGUCGCGGGUGAAGCCCUUCGCCCGCAUGGAGGAGUACGAGAGGAACCUGGGCGAGAUGGUGGCCCAGCUGAGGAACAGCUCCGAGCCGGCCAGGAGGAAGUGCGAGGUCAACCUGCAGCUGUGGCUGUCCAACAAGAGGAGCCUGUCCCCCUGGGGCUACAGCAUCAACCACGACCCCGGGCGCAUCCCCGCGGACCUGCCCGAGGCGCGCUGCCUGUGCCUGGGCUGCGUGAACCCCUUCACCAUGCAGGAGGACCGCAGCAUGGUGAGCGUGCCCGUGUUCAGCCAGGUGCCCGUGCGCCGCCGCCUCUGCCCGCCCGCCCCGCGCCCCGGGCCCUGCCGCCUGCGCGCCGGCAUGGAGACCAUCGCCGUGGGCUGCACCUGCAUCUUCUGA